AGGAGGGAGGCCUGGAGCCCCGCCAUGCCGGCCGCCUCCACCGAGGGCCAGCCUGUGGCCUUGAGCCUGGCAGAGAAGGCCGUGUGCAAGGUGGUGUACGGUGCCCCGCGGCCCCACCCCCUGCUGCUGCCUGUGGGCCUGGAGCUGUGGCUCUACGUGCAGAAGAUGCGUAACCUGCGGAGGAAGAGGAUGGAGGCCUCGUGCCUGGAGCUCGCCCUGGAGGGGGAGCGUCUCUGCAAGGCGGGGGACUUCAAGGCAGGCGCAGCGUUCUUUGAGGCGGCGGUGCAGGUGGGCACCGAGGACCUGAAGACGCUGAGUGCCAUCUACAGCCAGCUGGGCAACGCCUACUUCUACCUGAAGGAGUACUCCCGGGCCCUGGAGUACCACCGGCAUGACCUGCUGCUGGCGCGGACCAUUGGGGACCGCAUGGGGGAGGCCAAGGCCAGUGGGAACCUGGGCAACACACUGAAGGUCCUGGGCCGCUUUGACGAGGCCGUCGUCUGCUGCCAGAGGCACCUGGACAUCGCCCAAGAGCAGGGGGACAAGGUUGGGGAGGCGAGGGCGCUGUACAACAUCGGCAACGUGUACCAUGCCAAGGGCAAGCAGCUGUCCUGGACUGCCGCACAGGACCCCGGGCACCUGCCACCGGACGUCCGGGAGCCCCUGCGCAGAGCCUCCGAGUUCUAUGAGAGGAAUCUGUCCCUGGUGAAGGAGCUGGGCGACCGGGCGGCCCAGGGCAGGGCCUAUGGCAACCUAGGCAACACCCACUACCUGCUGGGGAGCUUCAUGGAGGCCACAGCCUUCCACAAGGAGCGCCUGGCCAUUGCUAAGGAAUUUGGAGACAAGGCGGCUGAGAGGAGGGCCUACAGCAACCUGGGGAACGCCCACAUCUUCCUGGGGCGCUUUGACGUGGCUGCUGAGUACUACAAGAAGACGCUGCAGCUCUCGAGGCAGCUCAAGGACCAGGCAGUGGAGGCGCAGGCCUGUUACAGCCUGGGCAACACGUACACGCUGCUGCAGGACUACGAGCGCGCGGCCGAGUACCACCUCCGGCACCUGCUCAUCGCCCAGGAGCUGGCCGACAGAGUGGGCGAGGGCCGGGCGUGCUGGAGUUUGGGGAAUGCCUACGUGUCCAUGGGGAGCCCCGCACAGGCCUUGACUUUUGCCAAGAAACACCUGGAGAUCUCCCAGGAGGUUGGGGACCGCAGCGGGGAGCUCACGGCCCGCAUGAACGUGGCGCAGCUCCAGCUGCUGCUGGGCCGGAUGCCCAGUCCUGCGGCCACCGAGAAGCCAGACCUGGCUGGUUACGAGGCCCAAGGUGCCAGGCCCAAGAGGACACAGAGGCUGAGUGCAGAGACCUGGGGCCUGCUGAGGCUCCCCCUGGAGCGGGAGCAGAAUGGAGACAGCCACCAGGUGGGGGAGUGGCGGGGGCCGGGCAGGGACGUGCUCCCUCUCCCCAUGAGGAGCAGGAAAUACCAGGAGGGGCUGGAGGCUGCUGAGAGGCCCCGAGAGGGCGGCCACUCCCCGCUGGACAGCGCAGACGUCCGGGUGCAGGUCCCCCGCACGAGCAUCCCUCGGGCCCCAUCCUCCGACGAAGAGUGCUUCUUUGAUCUCCUGAGCAAGUUCCAGAGCAGCCGUAUGGACGACCAGCGCUGUCCCCUGGAGGAGGGCCAGCCUGGGGCCUCCGAGGCCACAGCUGCCCCCACCCCGGAGGAGAGGGUCGCCCAGCCCUCGCUGACGGCCUCCCCACAGACUGAGGAACUCCUGGACCUCAUCGCCAGCUCCCAGAGCCGCCGGCUGGACGACCAACGGGCCAGCGUGGGCAGCCUGCCCGGGCUGCGUGUCACCCACAGCAACCUGGGCCGCCUGCGCGGUGAUGGGGACCCACAGGAGCCGGGGGACGACUUCUUCAACAUGCUUGUCAAGUGCCAGUCCUCCAGGAUCGAUGACCAGCGCUGCCCACCUCCUGACGUGCUGCCCCGCGGCCCCACCAUGCCUGACGAGGACUUCUUCAGCCUCAUCCAGAGGGUGCAGGCCAAGCGGAUGGACGAGCAGCGGGUGGACCUUGCCGGGAGCCCCGAGCAGGAGGGGGGUGGGAGCCCUGAGCCCCGGCAGCAGGGCCAGCCCGGGGCCAGCUAAGACCCUGUAGCCACGGCCAGGCUGGCCCCAGCCCAGCUCUGGGCCUUGGGGCCAGGGGGCUCACUGUCACCUGUGAUGCCCACAGCCCCUCGAGAAGCCCAUUCCUCCAGAGGCCAUGGCUGAGGGCAGGCUCUGCGCCCUCUGGCCCUUCCCACUGUGGCCGAUGCUGGGCACACGGCCCCCACAGCAUCCCCCUCUUGGAGGGGCAGGCUCGGGCCAGGGCUGCCCUGGGUGGGUGCGCCUGCCUCUGUCCUGGACUGGCUCCCACGUGGGACACGGCCUUCUGCAGGCCUGCCCCGACCUGCCUGGCCUGGCCUUCUCCCCACCCCCUCCCUGCCCCAGGUCUGGCCUGUAGCUUGCUGGUCCCUAACCCUCCCUGGCCUCUCCCCACUCUGCCCAGCUUCGUCCCUCCGGCCCGCCCGGCAAAUGUGAAGACUCCGCGGCUGCCCCUAUGCCCCCAAAGGCUGCUCUGAAGCUGCUGCCACGGGGCCUGCCAGCAACAUGGACGGUUCUGUCCUCCCGGGGAGGGUCCCAGGGAUGACAGAGCAGACGUGCUUGGCCCAGUCCCAGCCCCUUGCCUGUCAGCCCACCUGCUUGCCUCCUCUGGGCUGGAGGAGGUGGAAGGCCGACUCAGAAAGCCUGGAGCCUGACAGGACGGUGCAGGCAGGCCAGGUGUCCCCACACUUUGUCGCCGGGCCCUGGCCCCCAGCCCCAUCUGGCACCCAGUCCAGAGCAGGCAGGGGCCUUGAGGGAGGUGAGGGGAAGGGUGGGGAUAAGCUGUGACACCCUAAGCCCUAAGCCCCGAAAGCCCAGGGACGGAGCAGGCCCAGGCUAGGAUGCCAGCAGGCAGCGAGGUCUGCUCCCUCACCACGCCAG